AUCUCAGGCAUGCUCCUCACCACCCUGGGCUAUGGCCUAUUUAUCGACCUCCCCUCCACCAAGUCCUGGCCGCGGAUUAUCCUUUUCCAGAUCGUCGCCGGACUCGGCAUCGGGCCUAACUUCCAGGCUACCCUGAUUGCCCUGCAAGCCAACACCACCCCCGCCGAAUUAAGUCGCGGCACCGGAACCUUUUCGUUCGUGCGCCAGCUGGCCGCUGCUAUCUCUGUCGUCGUCGGGUCUGUGCUGUACGCGCGCGCUGUAAGCGGGCAACGGGGCGCUCUGGCUGCCGUACUGGGCGAGACGGUCGCGCAGGAGAUCGUGGAGGCGUCGACAGCUGCAGCGGCGAUUGUGGAGACAUUGCCUGUCGGCGAGGAUCGGACGGUGGUGUUUCAUGCGUUGACGGCUGCGUUGCGCUGGGUGUGGGUGUUUUAUACUGCUGUCGCGGGGGUCGGAUUCCUUCUCAGUCUGUGUUUGCGUGAUUUACGGUUGGGCGAUGCGCACCGAAUGGCUCCUGGUCAGGAGAGUGAGGAAUUAGAGAUGGAGAGGGGGACUACAUAG